AUGGCGGCACCGUCGGAGGCUGAUCCUGCACGGGACGACACGCCGGCUGCCCUCCUGUCGCCAGAUGUGACGCUGCUUCUUCGCACCAUGAGGAGCCAGCAUGAGCAGCUCAUAGAGCGUUUGGACGAGCAAGAACGGAUCUUGAAGCUUGAGGCGUCAGGUACGCCAUCACCAACAAGACCUCUUCGGGCAGGGGGGACCUUUGGGUCGGGCACUUCCUCUUGGGCAUCAAAGAGUCCACUUCAGGCAGGCGAGAGGCCGCCGACAGGCCAUUCCGAGUCUGCAGAGCAGCUCGACACCUUGGACUCAGAUCUAUCGACAACCCAGCAGCUGAAAUCAGGGCUGAGAUCAUACACGGCCGAGGACCUUUCGCUGAAAUUGGGAGCCGAACUUGCAGAAGCAAGCACCCAGAGGCGGCGCUUCUCCCAGAGAGAGAAGCACAUGUCGAACAAUGCGCCAAGGAGCCUUUGGCGCGUCGGUUGGACACCCACCUCCAUCAAAGUUGUUAACUCUCCUGGGUUCGACGUCUUCUUCGCGCUAGUGGUGACCGUGAAUGCAGUGUACAUCGGUUUUGACGUCCAGCGCAGCCUCAUGAAUACAGGUCCCAGACCUCUUGAGUACCAGAUUCUCCAGUACUUUUUUACAACGGUUUUCACAAUCGAGCUGGUCACGCGCGUCGUCGCCAGCCGCUGCCGCUAUUUCGUCUCUGAAGACUGGAUCUGGGCCUUGCUGGAUGUUGUCAUUGUUGGGACCUCCUUGUGGGAAGUUCUGGUGGAUGUCCUGGCGGGCGCCGUCGACCUCAACACCAUCAAUGGCCUGUCGAGUCUAAAGGCCUUCCGUGUUAUUCGACUGACUCGGCUGCUGAAGAUGGUACAGUUUCUGCGCAUCUUCCGAUUUGUCAUGGCGCUCCGCACGCUUGUCCAGUCCAUCAUGCACACCCUGAAGGCAUUGUUUUGGGCGCUGCUUCUGCUCGUUCUCAUCGUCUACGUCUUCGCAGUUUUGUUUGCGCAGGGAGUCAACGACUACGUCUCUGGUAAUCCCGACCUUGCCGACUCCGACAUGGUCCUGAGCGGCAUGAAGUACUUCGGAGGUUUGGAUGUUAGCAUGCUGAGCCUUUUCAUGAGUAUUGCGGGCGGCGUGAGCUGGGAGCAAGUCAUUGAGCCGUUGCGCGAAAUCUCGACGGUGUGGUCCUUGUGCUACAUUUUUUACAUCUGCUUCACCUACUUCGCCGUCCUUAAUGUUGUAACUGCAGUUUUCUGCCAGUCGGCCAUUGAGAGCGCCCAGAAAGAUCAUGCGACCGUCGUCCAGAACAUGAUUGACGACAAAGAAUCGCAUUUGGCGAAGCUCCGCACUUUGUUCAGCAAACUCGGUGCCGACGCAACCGGCGGCAUUACUCUGCGCAUGUUCGAGGAGAAGAUCGACACGCCAUCUGUGCGUGAGUACUUCGAGACGCUGGGACUGGACAUCUGGGAUACCUGGUCCUUUUUUAAACUUCUCGACGCCAACCUCGGCGGCGUCGUGGAUUUAGAGGAGUUCUUUAUGGGCUGCCUUCGGUUCAGCGGGACGGCUUCAGCAUUGGAUUUGGGUAAGCUGAGCCAAGACCAAGCAUGGCUCAUCAAGAACCAGGGGCGAUUCCAGCGAUUUGUGGAGAAGGAACUGGUCCUCCUGAGAGAGGAGAUGUCGACAUUGUCAGAGUUCAUCAGCUCAAUGUCUCGCGGCGUGGCCUGCGCGCAAGUGUAG